AACAUCAGAUUAUGGUCUUCUCUUUCCAUUAUUACCGGCCCCUCAAUUAUCACUCCUUACGUUGUUCCUCUGCAAUUUCGUCCCAAAUUGCUUAUAUCCUACGAACGAAGACGAAGACCGAGCCGCAGAAAGACAAACUUUUUUUGCUUUUUCAUUUCCUAACCGCGUCUGCCAAUGAUUUUGCUACCUCUGCUGCUACUUCGUAAUUGGUUACCCACUACCACUACUGAGUUGCAAUAUAUAUAUAUUCGAUGAUCAGAAUAUAUAUUGCAAUUUUGCGUUACGAAAACUUUUUGCACGCUUCAUUCCCAAGACAUUCAUUCACUCACUCACACACCUACGAAAUGAUACUGGCUAGUAGUCACAGAAGGCAGAUGAUAAAGAAAGGAAACCAGACAGAUACAUGAUAGUCACCAGCAACAACAGAGUUUUUCAUCUUCUUAUGAAGAAAGAAAAAAAAAAGAUGAAUAAAAAAGGAAAAGAAAUACAACAUAGAAAGAUUUUAAUAAAUUCUGUGUUAUCUUGGACUCUUCAAGAUGUACUCAACCAUCACCUUUACAAAGAUAAGUGUGCUUUGCAGGUGGAGACGAUCCCGAAGACUUUCUCAUCAGUGGAGCAAUACUUGAAUUCCUAUCGUUAUCCUCUACUCGAGGAAAUUCACGCUGAAAUGUACGCAGGCGUGGAAAAUCUAUCUCAGCCACCUGCAUGUAGAAUUGUUUCCGUCAAGAAAGAUCGAAGUUAUAAACCACAUGGAAAACUAUUGCACCAAGUUAUAUUUGAUGGUCAAUAUCAGCCGUAUUGUAAUGAUGUAGUUGCCUUGUUGGAUGCAAGACCCACAUCUUUGGAGGACUUACACAACCCCCGAAGACUGUUUGUUCCAGCUAUAGUCGUGGAUGUAAAUAUUAAAAGAAAACAUAACAUGAUCCAAAUCCUUACAUUGAAACCCAUUAUGGCAGAAAAGGGUGAGGAGAAGAUGAUCGAACCUCGUUUCGCAGUGUUCCUUUUAAACCUUUUACCCAGUCUUCGAAUAUGGGAAGCUCUAAAUGGCAGGAACUUCAGCAUUCUUAAGGAGGUGGUGUCUUUUGAUUCCCGGGUUGAAGUUAGUUGUGGUUUAUGCUCUCAAAAGGUGAAAUGCCUUCAGGAAAAUAAUCUGCAUACAUUUAAUUUGAAUGAGUCACAACUUGAAGCAGUAAUAAGCUCUAUUGAAACAAGUAAAUGUGAUCACAAAAGCUCAGUCAAACUUAUAUGGGGUCCUCCAGGGACUGGGAAGACAAAAACGGUUAGUGUCAUUCUUUUUGAGCUCUUAAAGAUGAAAUGUAAAACGCUUACAUGUGCUCCAACUAACACUGCAAUUGUGGAAGUUACUUCGCGGCUCAUGAAGAUCGUAAGGGAUGCAUCAUUACAAAAUGGCAGUUAUGGUUUGGGAGAUAUACUACUACUUGGAAAUAAAGAUCGCUUGAAGAUGCAUGAGCAUGAUCACCUUGCAGAUGUGUUUCUAGAUAACCGUGUUGAAGCACUUAGUCAGUGUUCUGUGAGUUUCUCUAAAUGGGGGAGUUGGAUAAAAACAAUGACAUCGUUGCUCAAAGACUCUUAUCAAUUGUACCGUAAGUACUUGGAAAGCAGAAAAAAUACCAAAACGGAGAAUCGGACUUGCUGUCUGUUUUGCGGUAAAAGAGAUCAAGUAGACGAUCUUGAGGAUGAAAAGUUAAACAUUGCUCUAAGAAUUAGUCUUUUUAUGAGAAGACAACUGCGUUACUUUGAGAAAGAAAUGAGUUCUUGCAUAAAAUGUAUGUGUACUCACAUGCCAACCUCAAUCGUUUCCGUGAAAAUGGUGGGUAAUAUGUUUAGAGCACUAGAGUUGUUUAAGUAUUUUACAUCGUUGCUGCAAGAUGGCUCUUUUACUGAUCAACAAGUUAGGAAAAUCUUCUCUGGCUCCGAAACCAUACAAUUUACUGUCAGUGACCCUUCUUUACGCUUCUUGAGUAAGACUCGUAAUGAGUGUCUUGAGAUUCUAAAUUCCCUUACCAAGGUUUCCAUACCAAUGUUUGGUAAUGAUCGUGCAAUCAGAAUGCUUUGUUUGCAGAGGGCUUGUCUUACUUUCUGCACUACAUCAAGCUCAGCUAAGUUAACUAAAAUUACAAAGACGAAAUUAGUGAUUAUUGAUGAAGCUGCUCAGCUUAAAGAAUGUGAAUCAGCAAUUCCCCUUCAACUACCCAAUGUUCAACAUGCUAUUCUCAUAGGCGAUGAACGGCAGCUGCCUGCAAUGGUUCAAAGCAAGAUCUCUGAGGAGGCUGAAUUUGGAAGAAGUCUUUUCGAGAGAUUGGUAUCACUAGGACACAAGACGCACCUUCUCAAUGUACAAUACAGAAUGCACCCUUCUAUUAGCUUAUUCCCGAAUUCUGAGUUCUACAGCAAACAGAUUUAUGAUGCUUACAGUGUUCAACAAAAAAGCUAUACAAAACAUCUGCUUCAAGGAAAUAUGUAUGGCCCUUACAGUUUUAUCAAUAUGUCUUGUGGAAAGGAAGAACUCGAUGAUAAACACAGUUUGAAUAAUAUGAUGGAGGUUGCAGUAAUUGCUGAGAUAAUCGAAAACCUUUACAAAGCAUCAGUUGCAAAUCGGCAGAAGGUCAGCGUCGGUGUUAUAUCUCCAUAUAAUGUACAAGUUAUUGCCAUCAGUAAGAAACUUGGGUUUAAAUACGUAUCGCAUAGCGACUUUUCAGUGAGCGUUCGAUCAGUUGAUGGGUUUCAAGGUGGAGAAGAGGAUAUCAUACUUAUAUCUACUGUGAGGUCUAAUGAUUAUGGUUCAAUUGGUUUCCUUGCUAAUCAUCAGAGGACGAACGUCGCUCUAACAAGGGCAAGGUACUGCCUCUGGAUUCUCGGGGAUGGCAAAACUUUAAUGAAAAACAACAGUGUCUGGAGGAAAAUAGUUGUUGACGCCAAGGGCAGAGGGUGUUAUUUUAAUGCCGAGGACGAUAAGAGAUUAUCUAAAGUGAUCUUAGAUUCCCUCGUCGAGUGUGGCCAGCUUAAUGAUUUGCUCAGAAUGAAGUCUCUAAUUUUCAAAGGGGCAAGAUGGAAGGUUAUCUUUAAAGAUGACUUUUGGAAGUCAUUUGUAAGAAUCAAAGGUGUUGUGACCCGGAAGGAUGUGGUUGCGAUUUUAAUGAAGCUUGCAACUGGUUGGCGUGAUCGUCCUUCGAGAUCGAGACGGAAAAAACUUGCAAUCACGAACGGUGCAUCUUCACCGUUGUUGAAACAGAACAAUGUAGACGGGUUUUAUAAACUUCUUUGGACUAUAGAUAUUGUCAAGGAAAACAAAAAACACACCCAAGUUAUAAAGAUUUUGAAUGUUCUACCGCAUAUGGAGAUACCCAGAUUAGCUAAGAACCUUGACACCAUCUUUGGGAGUUAUUCAAUCGAGAAAAUGUCGCGCUGCGAAUUCAAAUGUUUGGAAGGGACACUGGAAGUUCCAAUGAGCUGGGAAUCCCACUGGGUUACCAAACAAAGAUACCUCAAACUCAAAGAGUUGUCAACUGGAUUGGCUUCACUUAGUCUCUGGGAUAGGAAGACUAAGGAGCUGAUUGAAGCAUCACGUGAGAGUUGAAGAUUUUGAGAAUUAAAAAAGAAAAAAACAAAAGAAGGUAAAUUUUUUGGACAUAUUAGUUGAUGUGUGAAUUUUUUGCAUAUGGUAUUAUAAGUUAUAACCGGGCCUCAAAUUCAGUUAUGUAAUUAUGUUCUAUUCGGGAAACCUGUUUUGAGGCAUAUUUCUUUUUUGCGUAUGGUAUCCAAAUCAGUUUAAUUAUUUUUCUCUAA